AUGGUGACCCUCUCAUGGACAUCGAUCGCUCUGCUGUGGUCAACAGCUCUCGCGGCGGCAACUGGCCUCGUUCAGACUACCAGCGGAAAGAUCCAGGGACAUUCUGCUCCAGGUGUCUCUGGUGUGACUGAGUAUCUGGGCAUCCCAUAUGCCAAACCGCCAACAGGGGACUUACGCUGGGCACCUCCUCAAGUAUACAACAGUUCAUCCCUGAUUCAAGCAUCGAAGUUUGGGAAUACAUGCCCAGCACAGACUGGCAUCGGCUCAGCCUCAUCCCUCGAGGCCGCCGCCAAAGCUCUCAAUGUGAACUUGACAACCCAGGGCGCGGAAGUGAUCACAUCCCUACUGGGCCAAACCGACGUGACAUACAGCGAAGACUGCCUCACGCUGAACAUCUGGACCAAACCCGGAUCCGGUGACAAAGCAAAGGCAGUCCUCUUCUGGAUCUACGGCGGUGGAUAUACCACCGGUACAACCGACAACACAGGCUACAAUGGUAAAUACAUCGCCGACCAGGAGGACGUCAUCAUCGUGAGUGCAAACUACCGCCUCAAUAUAUUCGGUUUCCCCGGUGGGCCAAACCUCACGCAAAACCUCGGCCUUCUCGACCAGCGCCUCGCAAUAGAAUGGGUGCGCGACAACAUCGCCGCUUUCGGAGGAGACCCCAGCCGCAUCACACUGUUCGGCCAAUCCGCCGGCGGCAGCAGUGUCGACUACUACAGUUACGCGUGGACCAAAGAUCCCAUCGUCGCCGGAUUGAUCCCUGAAUCCGGCACCGUCCUAACACCCUCAAGUCAAGCCAGUGCCUCCUCCGCCGCGGAAAGCUGGUACAACGUCACCGGAACCGUCGGCUGCGGCGACGCCAGCACAGACAGCACAACCCUCCUAUCUUGCAUGCGCUCCAAAUCGUGGGAGACGAUCCAAGCUGCGAUCGUAACAGGAUCAGGCCUGUCGUCUGUGACAGGAAGUUUCGGUCCGACCAUCGACGAACAAGUCGUCUUCUCAGACUACGUCACCCGCACCCUCGCCGGCAACUUCAUCCGCAAGCCCAUGUUGAUAGGCAACAAUGACUACGAAGUCGGGUUGUUCAAGGUGAUUUUCGCCCUACAGAACGUCACGUACUCCGAGACGAUCUGGGACUUUUUGCAACUCGUCAUAUAUGACUGUCCUGCCGCAUACCGGGCCGCAGCAGGAGUGACAUACGGCGUCCCGACGUGGCGGUACCGGUGGUUCGGCGACUUCCCUAACGAAAGACUGACGACCGUGCCUGAUUCAGGCGCAUGGCAUGGUUCGGAAGUCCCCCAGAUCUUCGGGACGGAUAUGGAUAUCCAGAAUGUUGUGCAACGGACAACUCCCGAGACUGCCAUUGCGAGUUAUAUACGCGGAGCGUGGGCGAGUUUUGCGAAGAACCCAAGCAGUGGACUUACGGCGUAUGGUCUGCCAAGGUAUAACCCUUUGGGAUCGACGUUGUUGAGGCUUGCGUAUAAUAAUCAGACGGGGCCGAAUACUGCGUUUCCGGCACAGUAUGAUGCUACUUGUCCGGCAUUGACUGUUUUGGCGGGUGCUUUGGUGGAUCUUGGUGCACUUUGAUGAAGCACUACAAAGUCAGGAAAUUGUGUACGAUAUGUUCAUAUAGUCGUGUGUAACAUCAAUCGGGAGUGAAGGAUUUUCUCCGAAAAGCCUCAACACGGU